AACUUCUUUUCUUCAGCAAAGUAUCAAGAAUCGUUUGGCCUUCUCCCUUCAUCUAUUCCAUAUAUCAAAAAUACGGAAGUUCCCGGCAGGCGGCAGCCGGAUUCCGAUGGCCUGGAGAAAGUUUUUCAAAAUUGGCUCCAGGAAGCCAUCGUCGGUUCAAGUUGGUGCGUUGUUUAUAGGAUGCCUUGUGAUGCUGCGGCUCUCUUACUCAGGCGAUUGGACCAGGACUGCUUUUCAUACGUUGAAGUGCAGUUUUCUUUCCUCUUCAACUCGUGGUUCUGAUAAGGAGAUAAGAGAUCCACUUGGUGCUGCACUGCAAGGAGUGGCCAUGGCGAACAAGACCCUCAUCAUCACGGGGAUAAACAAGCCGUACGCGGGGAACAACAGCAUGCUGGAGCUGUUCCUGGAGGCCUUCCGGCAAGGGGAGGACACGGAGCCCCUGAUAGACCACCUGCUGAUCGCCGCCCACGACCAGCCGGCUUUCGAGAGGUGCCAGCAGCUCCACCGCCACUGCUACAAGCUGGUCACCGACGGCGUCGACUUCGCCGGGGAGAAGCUCUUCAUGAGCGAGGAUUACCUGAAGAUGGUGUGGCGGCGGACUCUCUUCAUUGCGGACGUCCUCAAGCGUGGCUACAGCUUCAUCUACACAGAUGCUGACAUAGUGUGGUUCCGGAAUCCAUUCAAGCGAUUUACUGCAGACGAUGAUGUGCAGAUGAGCUGCGACCACUACAACGGGAGGCCCUACGACACCAACAACUCCAUCAACACCGGCUUCCAUUUCGUGAGAUCAAACAACAAGACAAUCAAGUUUUACGAUCUGUGGUAUGAGAGCCGGAAGAACUACUCAAGGAUGCACGACCAAGAUGCGCUCGCAAGGCUGAAGGAGAACGGCAUCAUCGAGCGGCUUGGCCUGAAAUUCAGGUUUCUGGAGACAGUCUACUUCGGUGGGUUCUGCGAGAAGAGCAGAGACCUGAGGAAGGUCAACACGAUGCACGCGAACUGCUGCAGGAGCAUAAGGGCAAAGUUGGCUGAUCUGAGGGCCUCAAUCGAGCAGUGGAAGAAGUACAUGGCUACCAACAACUUCAGUUCUAGUGGGUCAUGGCCGAUACACAGGAAUUGCAUUAAUUCAUGGAAAAUCAGGCCUAAUGUGACCACCUGACUUUCUGAAAAAAUAUAUCCCCUAUUGUUCACUAGUCCUAUAAAAGAUUUAUUCACAUAUGUACACCGGUGAUAUUGCAUCUUUUCUUUUAUGUAAAAAGAUAUCAAAACUAC